AUGUCGGUUUUAUUGAGAACGUAUAGCUCGUGGAUGACACGGCAUCCUGUCGCUGGUACCAGCACCGUCGCGACCACACUUUUCGUACUGGGCGAUGUUGUGGCUCAGCAGAUUGUAGAAGAGCGCGGGGCAAAGGGACAUGACUACUGGCGCACUGGAAGAUAUGCGCUGUACGGAUCGUGUAUAUGGGGUCCCCCGUGGGGCUUCUGGACAAGAUUCCUGGGCAGCUUGCAGUUCCGCACAAGAUGGCGGGCCGUUCUAUCGCGGACUGUGCUGGACCAGUCAUUCUUUGGCCCGUCAUCUGUUGCGCUGUUCUUGUCUGCGCAUGCGUUGAUGGAGGGAAAGGGCGUGCAGGAGGCGAAGCAAAGAGUAGAAGAGAACUGGUUCAGCACAGUGAAGCGCGGCUGGCUCGUCUUCGGUCCCGCUCAACUCGUCAACUUCGCCCUCGUCCCACCACACUUCCGCGCGCUCUUCAUCGGCAGCGUCUCAGUCGGCUGGAAUACGUACCUCUCUUCCGUGAACGCCGCGAUAGGCGCGCAUAUACCGGCGCCAUCAAUGGCGGCCGUCGCCGAUGCGAAUAUACCAUCUAGAGUAGAAGAUACCACGUAG